AGUUGAGUUUAUGUGAAAGUGAACCCAUUCAAAAUGCGACCUAAUUAAUGAGAAGGCGACUAUUUAAAGGUUUCCUUGGAAUCGCAGCAUCGCAUUCGAAAAAGCAUACGGAUUUAAUUCCAUCUUCAUUGCUAUCGGUCGAAGUUCAAAUCAUGGGUGACGAAGAGAAAAAGGAAAAGAAGAAGAAGAGUAAGAAGAAGACGGAAGCUGCUCCAGAAUCUGAAACUUUCCCCACCUGAAGAGGGUUCUGCCCCUCCUCCGCAGAACGAAACUACUCCUGCCCCUGAACCCGAAGUUCCCGCUCCAGCUCCCCCACCGGAAAAGAAACCAUCUGCGAAAAAAAAAGCGCAGAGGUGUGGUUCGAAUGUUUUUGCCAUGUUCACCCAGAGGAAAGUUCAAGAAUUUAAAGAGGCUUUCCAGUUGAUAGAUCAGGAUAAAGAUGGAUUUAUCACGAAAUCAGACUUAAAAUUAACAUUUGACUUGCUGGGACGCGAAGUAGAUGACGAAGAUUUGGAAUCAAUGCUGGCAGAAGCUCCAGGCCCUCUCAACUUUACAAUGUUCCUUACAAUUUUUGGUGAAAGGAUAUCAGGAACGGAUGAAGAAGAUGUUAUCAUGUCCGCUUUCUCAAUCUUCGACGAAGGUGAUGGGAAAAUGAAGGAAGAAGUAUUGAAAAAUACUUUGCGCAAGCGUGGAGACAAAUUUACGGAUGAAGAAGCAGACAUCUGUUUGAAAGAAGCUCCCGUUGAUAAAGAAGGUUACAUCAGUAUUCGAAGGUUCACAAGAAUCUUAACGAAAGGUGAUGAAGAUGAUGAUACAGAUGGAGGGUAAACUUAUUCCACUGGAGGGGUUCCUGUGUUGUUUCUGAAAGAAGAUGUACCGCAAAUUUGACACUGUACUUGUACAAUGUUUUGUUCAUCGGAAAGAAAUGUAAAAAGAAUAAAGAAAAUUAUAAUGAAAAUAAAGCUUGGGCUUCUAAUGUAAUUCAUAGUAUAAUUUCUAUGACAUAAAUAAAAAUAUUAAAAUAUUUCAAGAAAAGCCGUA